AUGUCUCGACAGAAGAGGAACCCCAAUUUCACGAAUGCUGAAAUAACUAUUCUUAUAGAAGAAGUAGAAAGAAGAAAAGAUGUUCUUUUCUCCAAGCACAAUUCCACCGUGACUAAUCAAGCCAAAAAGGGGGAAUGGGACCAUAUUUGUUCUAAAGUGAAUUCGGUCAAUACAAGUUACAUUAGGUCAGCAGAGGAACUAAAGAAAAAGUGGAGUGCCAUUUGCAGCGAAGGUAAAAAGAAAUUCGCAAAAAUUAAAAGGGAACAGAGAAAAACUGGAGGUGGUCUUUUGCCGGCAGACUGUACUACAACCCCACUAGAGGAAAAAAUACAAUCUAUUUUGGGUGAGACAUCUACAUCCGGAGUUGGCAUCGACACUCUUGCACAAAGUGAACGAGAUGAGUCUAAUGAAGUGGAAAGAAAAGGGGGUAUCCUUACAGAAAGUCUAUCAACGGACCAAUCAUUGGAAGUAUCUACGGCUACAACAACAGUUACUGCUACAUGUAGUGAAACUAGCAAACCUACAUCAACAUGCAUUAAUGCACCAACUAGGAAGCGAAAACAGGACCUGCAAUCACCAUCACUUGAAUUAGUGAAAAUUGAAAAAGAAAGACUGGAAAUAGAGAAAAAGAGAAUGGAGCUUGAAACAGAAAGACUAGCAGUUGAGCAGAAACGGCUUAGUAUAGAGCAGGGGAGACUGCAAAUUGAGCAAGAAAAACAUAAUAUUAAACUUUGUCAGUUGGGCAUUAUUUCUAAUGCCACAGUAACACCUAUCCAAUAA